CUCUUCUAGCUUGUAUACAGUGCAUCAUUCUUCCACCAAUAACCUGCCAUGUGACCGACUGAUCCAUUGAUUAUGUUUAUUGCAUCACGUAAUGUGUGGAUCGGUUCUCCCUUUUUUUCUUCCUUCAAUUUAUUAGGGUCCUGUUUGAUGUGUGUGUUUACUUGAUUUGCAUAUUCUUUUUGUAGAAUGUUUAGGAAUUUCCACUGGUUUUCUGCACACAACACGUAUUGGUUACAUAUCCAAGGAAAAGAGUUACUAUUUCAAGCAUAAAAGAAACCACAGGUUGGACUUAAAUCCAUGGCGGAGGAGGACACUACCAAACGAUGUGAUGGCACCAAUCCAACAACCGAGUCUUGUUCCCAUUCCAAAAGCCAUGGAUUGCUUUGGGUGGUGGGCGAUACUGGUUAGUGGUUGAGCUUGGAUCGAUGUGCUGCUGCCACAGAAAUUAUUCAUGGAUUAAAGCUCAAGGAAGGGGUGAGUAAAGAGCGACGUAAUCAUGUCAUCUACAUCUUUCUUCCAUUCAAAUCCAAAGCUUAUUUCCCUGCAAUCGUACAUACAUGCAUUGUUUUUUCUCUUUCCGUCAACGAAGCUACCUUUUUAGGACUUGCACUCCAUCCCCUCUUGCAGCUGAAGUAGGGAUUUCCGACAUGACCCAACUCUCAUAUGGUGUGGUGUGAUGAACAUUACACACAACAUUCUUAUUAUUCUCUGUAGGCUUUUGGUUAUUUUGUCUUCAGCACAAGCAAAAAGGACGAAUGAAGUAUUAUACAACAAAGUAGAAGUCAAGUUUGUAGAGACAUGAUUGUAGUUAUGCUUUUUAUCUAGCAUAGCGAUGCUAAGAAGAACAAACUCUUUCUGAGUUUUCACUAUAAACACAAGGGUGAAAAUAGAAUGUUCAUUUCGAUGAUAUCCCCCUAACCUGUCAUGUUCUGUGAGUUGAUUCGAGGCCUCAAAGAUCACUCUCCCCCACAAUGGUUACUGCGCAACUAAUCCCAGUAUUCUGCAGUGUCCUUUUGCGGGGUGGAGGCUUCCGUUGCUCCAUGUAGGUCCCAACCCAUGACACCUGCAACCUCUUCCUCUCUCUCUCUCUCUCUCUCUCCAAGUGACUUUCUUGUCAUCUCCAUCUGUCUUUCAAGUACCAUCUUCUCUAAUGGCUCACAUCCCUCUUCCUCCUUUUUCUUCAAUCAUACACACCUGCUCCUUUCUUUACUUCAUGCACUGCUGCUGAACAUUUCUUGCAGCCAUGCAUGUCUGGUACCAUGUUCUCAGAUUUAGCAUCUUCCUAUCCACGACGCAGUGAAAAGAACUGCCGUCUUCUUACUCUUCUUAUCCAUAAUGCCACCACCACUCCCUUCAAGAUUCAAUCUUUAGCGGAAGAAGUUCUCUUUCACCAUUAGCUUCCUCUUCAGAAUCCAAUCUUUCCCUCAGGAUUCUUCUGGAGCAGAGAGCUUCCCUGGCCCUUCGAGCAUGUCGGAUCACGAGCUCUCGGCGCGCACAAACAUCUUUGGGCUCCGCCUCUGGGUCGUAAUCAGCAUCUGCGCCGGUACGGGGUUCCUCCUCCUCUUCCUUCUCUCUCUCUGCCUCAGCCUCAUGCGCAAGAAUGCCUCCUCCCGGCGGACCACCGCCACCAUCCCCGUUACAUCCAAAGAAAUCCAAGAAGUUCGCGUCGAUCCUUCUCAGACCUCCGCCGUUGUUACAUCUCCUCGAUCCGUCAAACAGAAGGAAGAUGAGAGCCCAGUCGUUGUCCAGAAAGCUCGUGUCGCCUCCCCUGAGCGUGGCAAAAGUGAGGAAGGCGGCUCGCCGCUCGGUAAACGUCCCACGGACCAGGCUGCCGCCGUCCCGGCGGAGGUGUCCCGCCUGGGGUGGGGGCUGUGGUUCAUUCUCAGGGAGCUUGAGGUGGCCACCGACAACUUUUCCGACGAGAAUGUGAUCGGAGAAGGCGGAUACGGAACCGUCUACCACGGCAUCUUGGAAGACGGCACUCAGAUUGCAGUGAAGAACUUGCUGAACAACAAGGGGCAGGCAGAGAAGGAAUUCAAGGUCGAAGUCGAAGCCAUCGGCCGCGCCCGCCACAAGAAUCUAGUGAGGUUACUGGGAUACUGCGUGGAAGGUGCUCAAAGGAUGCUUGUCUAUGAAUACCUGGACAAUGGGAACCUCGAACAGUGGCUCCAUGGAGAUGUUGGACCAAGCAGCCCUCUUACCUGGGACAUCCGGAUGAACAUCAUGCUUGGAACAGCAAAAGGGCUACUGUACUUGCAUGAAGGACUUGAACCCAAAGUAGUUCAUCGCGACAUUAAAUCGAGCAACAUCCUGCUCGACAAGCACUGGACUCCCAAGCUCUCUGAUUUUGGCCUUGCGAAGCUGUUAGGCACAGGAAGAAACUAUGUCACGACACGCGUGAUGGGAACUUUUGGUUAUGUGGCUCCUGAGUAUGCCAGUACUGGUAUGUUGAAUGAGACGAGUGAUGUUUAUAGCUUUGGGAUACUUAUCAUGGAGAUCAUAUCUGGUCGUAGGCCAGUCGAUUAUAGCAGGCCUCCUGGCGAGGUUAAUCUGAUAGAGUGGAUUAAGACCAUGGUCAGUAAUCGAAAUACCGACGAAGUUGUGGAUCCAAAGAUGGCUGAGAAACCUUUGUCGAGGACAUUAAAGAAGACACUUUUAGUCGCACUGCGAUGUGUGGAUCCUGAUUCGCAACAAAGGCCAAAGAUGGGGCAUGUAAUACACAUGCUUGAAGUUGAUGAUUUCCCCUACCAAGAUGAGCAUCGAGCAGGACGUAUUGGGCAACCAUAUUCCAACAGUCCUCAGUAUAAAGUAAGAGUAUCAGCAAGACAAGUCACUGAGCCUGGUGAUAACAGCACAAAAUCUGAAAUCUAGUCGACAAAGCAAGAAGACACACUUAAUUGUAAUGUUCCAGUCGAAAUGAUCUCUGAACAUAUGUUCUCAUCUAUGAUAAGGCUGAUCAUCCAUUCAAGAAGCAGCUCAGUGCAAAGGCGAUUUCGCCGAUGUCACUCCUCACUAUGUAAACAAGGUUUUGAGGUCAGUUUGCUUGUGUAAAGCUUGGUGCUUGAUGUGUUCUCCUGGAUUAGUAGUAAGCUCUGUUCUCCGAGGAAGGUCUGUUGUGUAUGUAUAUUGAUUGGUUUGAGGGGCUUAUUGAAUAGAACUGUCACAAGUUGAAUCUAAUGUGUGGAAUUCAGAUUGAUGUUCUCAUAACUAUGUGAAGUCUGUAUACAUAUAUGUAUCUCUUCUUCCAUCUGUAUCA